CUGAGCAGCCCCGCCAGUUCAUACCCGCUGGUCUAGAUAGUACGGGAUGCUGGGAUAACGCACCGAGGAUAACCAAACACCGCUGGGAUAAGGGCGUUCCCUACAGAUCAUUAUCAUUACAGUGCAAAGAAGUGAUGUUCAUGUGAGCGUGACGAGAUUCAUGUGUAGCCAGAGUGCCACAGCUCCACAGUGAGGCGUGGAGGGAGUGUGGUGGGGAAGCUGUGGUGACUGAAGUAGUGAUCCCAGGCACCGCGCCUCCGCCCUCGAGGCAGGAUUGGCCUGGGCACAAGGAAGUGAGGAAAGUGAGGCAACUAGUGACGCGGCUGCUGGGUGCAUCGCCUGACGUAUACGCCUCAGUUCAAAACUUGACACUAUCUCUGCAGCGAGCUGACUGCCUCAUCUUGCCGCUCUUGGUGUGUCUCCCAGUGUGACGUUACUCACGCGCCAGCGAUGCGGUGCUCAUAGUGCUCGUCCACGUACCUUGUGUGUUUUUGAUUAUCGUUCGAGUGUUCCCGUUGAGUGUCUUCAUUUUACACUCGGUGUUGAAGGAAUAUCUUUGCCGUUUAUCAACGCCGUCAUCAAGUGUGCACAUUGAGGUGCGUGGUAAGUGAGGCGGCGCGGUGAGGUGAGCGUCAUGUAGCUGGCAGCCCCCGGCCACCAGCUUUGCAGGGUGGCGGGACGAGCCAGGUCACCGCCGUCCUGGAAGGGGUCGCUGCGACCCUUGUCUCCUGUCCCUCCAUGUGGGCAGCAGGAGUGCGAGCCGAGGGGGGCCUGAGAGGCGGGGGCGGCCGGGACGAGUGGUGUUGUCGCCACUUUGAGCAUGACCGCGGAGUGAGGUGGCGUCACACUUGUGAGCACGCUGGCGGCGCCCUUUGCGCACCCCAGCGUGGCUGACGAAAGAGCCAAAGGCAAUGGAGAGGCGGACACAAGGGCCUGCCACUCUCCCAAGCAGCAAGGGCGCAACCCUGCCGGGGUAUCGUGUGGGCCCAGUUCGAUAUGGUGUUCGCCUGGCGCCCCACGACGGCCCGGGGGCGGCAGUGCCUGCACGGCGAUGCUCGGACGGUGACUUGGGAUCCUCGGAGAAGAGCCACAUAGUGGCUGAGAGGAGCCAGAGACUUGGGUCUGUCCCCAUCUGCAAGUUGCCGUUCGUACCCAACGGGGCGGAAGGAUCCGGGAGACAAUUGGGUACUGGCGAGGGCGAGCGGGGCACCUCGUCACCGCUGCACCUGAAGGAGGCGCACUCUCUCCUCAACAACAAGUGGACGCCCCUCACUGUGCCCACGAGCUCGUCCUUGCUGGCCCCAUCCUGGGCCCGGCCUCACCCCAUCAGGAGAAGUUUCAACACGUCCCCGCGGCCGUGGGUGACGCCCACCGCCUCAGAAACUCAUCCCACUCCACCACAGACCUUUGAUAACUCAUGCAGUGACAACAACAAUGAUAAGAAAAGUGCUGCGAGUGGGAGGGUGCGGGUGACGGCAACAGAUGGCGCGGGUGUCCACCCUGCCAUCGGGGCAAAGACGCCUCAACUAAAAUUAUCCCCUCAUCCCUCGGCGGAAGGCACUCCGUCCUCCCCGCAGGGGGCAGCGCGCCCUGUGCCUCCCCUCAACCUUCACGACGACGCAGCCACAUUCAGGAGUGAGGCGACCAUAGUGGUGACCCAGACCAUCGCGGACCAGGAGAAGAAGGACAACCAAAAGAGCCGCUCGCCUCUUUAUCGGCGGCGCGGGGCGGGCACCCUCAGCCUCGCCCAGGGCUCUGCUGCCGGAGGGAACACCUCAGGAAGGGAUAUGAACGCCACAGCUAUAGGCGAAGGUUCGACACUGUUGGAGGAGGUGAGGGCGGGAGGCUUGUCUCCCCCCACCGCUAAAUAUACGUGUUGUGUGGCGGGCCGCUCCCCCCGCCACCCGCUGCCCCGCCACUCCACUAUGUUUAGCUACCCGGGCCCGGCGCGCCCCACCAUCCACGAGAAGCCCGUCAGUGCGCACCUCACCAGUGACCAGAACAGUGCCCGCCCGCAUACCACGCCUACUCACGCCCAUGGCACCGCAGUGCAGUGUGCAGUGAUUUCAGGGGAAGGUGGUGGUAGUAAAACCUCGGGGGGCAGCGGUCAUGGGGACCGUGUGGCCCCCCCGGCGCCAGUGACCACCCAGACCAACGCCCCUACCACCAUCACCACCACUACCACCACCACUACCGCCACCACCACCACCACCACCACCCACUCGGCCGCGCCAGCCCGGAGGCCCGUCAGACCCAGACCAGAAAUACCUGACCAUUUGUACCGCCGUUGGGCCGCCCUCCUCCCCGCUGAUGCUGUCCUAGAGCAUUGUAGAUCUAAAGCACACUCCGAAGUGGGUGCAGGGGCCCCAGGGGGCAUUCCCGCCCCGUCAGAUGAGGGUCUUAAGCCGGUGACACCAGUUGACUUCGUCCGAGCGGUAGGGGGCCUUCAAGACGUCCGUCAGGGGCUUCACCUUCUUACUCCUGGAAGGCUUGCCCAGUCCCGACUGGGCGACCCCACCGGCGGACUGGGAGGCGGAAGAAAGGACGGGGGGCGUGGGCCCCCUCCAGCACGCCCACCCAGGUCUCGACAGAACCAUCUAGAAGAGCUGCGUAAGUGCACCGAAAGGCUGAAGACUCCCUCCCCGGACAAAAAGGUGCGGGCCGACUCUGCUCCCCCGCCGGAAACUGCAGCCACAGCAGAAUCGGCCGUGGCAACUGCGGCAUCGGGGAGUGAGACCCAAGACGGGGCGGGAAUGGGGCAGGGCAAGGCCAGAAGACGCAGUAAUGAGGUAAGACCUGUCCUACAUCGCCACCCUGCAUUAGGCAAGAGCCCUAGUCUGCCGCCACAACUACCUUCGGCAAGAGAUGCAGAAAAUGUUGGUCCGAGUCACAGCGAUGCCGACAAGAACAUGAAGGAGGAGACUCUUCAGUCCAUACGAAGAGAAGAGGAGGACUUUUUCCUUGAGGAAAUGACAAAGCUGCCCCCACGGCCUCGUCCAGAGGCCCGAGUUGAUAUCCCUCCACGAGUCAUCGUGGUCAGGUCCGCGUCGGUAUCACAGGUGGACGUGGCUUCCGACGGCGCCUUCCUCCCGCGCAGCGGCAAGUCCCCCACAACCAUCCGCAUUUACCCCCUGUGUAAGGACUACUGGGGCUCCAACACACUGCCCAAACGUAAACCCGCCGUGGUGACGAAGGAAGGAGGGAUCACAGGGGGAGGGUUGCCUCAUAGCCACCCGCCCCUUACUGGCGCCGCCUCCAUCAGUGACAUGACCAUCGUCGGGGCCAAGUCUGCGCUUCCGCAACCUGAAAAACUUGAGACCAAGUCUAAAUCGGAAAGCGAACUGUCCAUGGCGGGGCGAUGUGAGGCCAAGGACGCUCUUUCGGAAUUGAAAGAGAGUCUCCUAAAUAACCGAGUGGAAGUCAGCGGCGUCCACAGUGCCACAGAAAAACAGGAGGAGACAGCGGGGAGAGACAGUGGCCAUGGUGUGGAGGGGGCGGGCCACUCGCCGCCCGCCGACGGUGGUGACGAAGGUGGCGGUAAACACGACCACCAAGCGGAAACGUGUAAAACUAAAGACGAAACAGCUAGUGUUUUGAAAAGUGAAAAUAGAGAAAGUGGCAAUAAGAAGGGUGAUAGAGAAAGAGAUAGUAAAUCUAAUAGAGUUAGUUUUUCUGACGAGGUGAAGGAUAUCGGCCUGGAGGAGGGCGGCGUGCUGCUGCACCUGAACCACCUUCCCACGGGGGAGGGAGGCGCCCGUCACCCUAAUGUUGUGUUUACCCUCGGUGACCCCGACCCUGGGGACGAGGCACCGUCACCAGUGGGUGGCUGUGAGCACCGCGGAGUGGACGUGUUACCUAAGGGAAGCGAGGGGCACAGUGGGCAGGAGAGGGAGGGGCGCGCGGGAGGGAUCGAUCCCCUCCCCACUGUCUCUAGGGGACUUAUAGGACCUGCUGGUGCACUCACAACGCAGGAUUCAGUUAACUGUAAAUAUGUUUUGAGUGAGAGUGAAGGUGAGAGUCCCCCAGGAGGGGCUCAGCCAGUUUCUGGAGGACCGACUCCCUUAGGGUACACUUCAGGACCCUCACCCAGUCAAUACCCGGAGCACUCGUCUAGUCAUGCCUCAAUAGAAGCUCCUGCACAACCCAACAGGACUCCCUUGUCUGAGGUGGACAGUAAAAGGCGCAACUACUUCCUCCUGGGUAAGAUCAAAGGUGGGGAAGGAGAUGAAGUGCUGGACCACGGUGCGGCCGGCCGUCAGCUGGAGUGCCAGGUGGUGCAGAAGGACCCUCGACCCUCGCAGUGCCUCGUUAUCAAAUCCGGGGCGCGGGAGGGGGAGCAGUACAGCACGGUGGGGCGCAUUGUCAGGUCCCGCCCCCGCCUCCCGCGGGAGGACUCGGAUGGCGACAGCGGUGAGAGGGACGUCUCGCGUGCCUACAUGACGCAAAUGAGUGACGACGGAGCUUUCGGCGAGGACCUCAAAAGUGGAGACCAACCCGAUUCUUCAGACUCCUCGUCGCAGGACAGCGUCGGUCCAGGCCAGGAGGGAGCAACGUCUGGCUCCGAGGCGCUGCAGGAUGUCCCGCUCAGACCAGCGUUGCGUCGCCUUAUAAGUCCAAUGGAAGGAAGUGAUACGCGGCCUCAGCCCUUCUUGCCUCCCAUGAGGAGUUCCCAGACCGCAGGCAUCGGGUUUUCUGCUGAGGAGGCCGAUGAGUCGAGAGGGUUUGUGGCUAGAGAGAGCAGCAUGGAUCAACGCGGCCCCUUCUCCAUGGCCGAUACUUACAUGAGCGAGGCCGCACACUCGCCUGAGUCUUGCCACUUGCUCCUUUUCGAGCCUCGCGUCAUGGAUCGUGCUGAGAGAAAGAAGAAGUACCACAGUGAUCCCAGUUGUGAGCGGCGCGCCAGCAGCGAGGCCCUUCUCUACCUGAGUGACCCGCAUCUGGGUGCCGCGAGGGUCCUGGGUCCUUCAGACCGGUCCUCUGGGAAGGGUGUGGUGUCUCAGGCCUCUACAGACUCCGAGGGCAAGGAUGAACGCGGGGAGCAGCACCCCGUCAGUCCCCCGAGGGUGUGCACGCCGCAGGUCCUGCUGAGUGGUCACGACAGCGACGGCUCCGACUACCCGCCGUGUCGCACCCCCGCCAGGAAUGCCUCGCCAACGCCCUACAUGCAAGACAGUGACUCGGGGGAACGCAGCGCCCCUCGCAGCCCCCACGUGCCCCGACGGUACCCUAAUCGGCCUCCUCGGGGACCUUAUGGGAAAAUGCUGGAGGCGGAAAUGAAUAAGUCAAAGGGUUCGUCCUACCUGUCCGAGGACACCUACCUGAGGGUGAGGGACGCCAAGAGCUGCUCGCCUCGCCCCCCCUCCCCCGGCUCCCCCGCCGUGCUGGUGGGCCAGCGGCCGCCGCUCAUCAUCCCCACCUGCCGCUCCUACGACGACUCCUCCAUCCCCAUCAACUACGCCGCCAGUGAACGGCCGCCGCGACACAAGGUAAACGAGGAACUGGGCACCACGUCCCCGGUAGCCACCUCCCCCGUGACCAGCGCCUGGGAGAGUGACGGCGAGGGCACCCGCUCCCCCCCGCUGCCCAUCGUGCCCGUCCAUCAGCGCACCGUCUCGUCCCCCUCAAAGCUCUUCCCACCCGAGGGUUUCACCUCCGAGGACGAGGAGCUAGUGGAUUACUACACUGCUGCGAGGCUCCUCGGGCAGGACCGCCAGCAGCAGCAGCAGCGCCAUCAGCAAGACAAAAGGCAGCAGCAGCAGCCACAAGAAAAACACGAGGAGCAACAACAGCCGCUGCAGCAAACCAAACGACAUCAUCACCAUCAACAGCAGCAGAACGAACAAGGGGAUGAACAGGAGCAACAACAACCGCAACAACAAGAACAGCCGCAGCCGCAGAAACAGCUUCAACAGCAGCAGCAGUCCUCCUCGUCCUCCUCCCUGGCGCAGGACGAGAAGGGCGUCGCGGGGGAGGGGCGCCACGCGUCCUCCCUGCUGGACCACCGCCACGCCGAGCACCGCCACUCCCACAAGCGACACAGGGACACUCGGGCACACGUGGUUGGCGAGCUCUACGAGACGGAGAAAAACUACGUCAGGAACCUCAACUUCCUCCUCACGAGUUACCAACAGACACUGAAGAGCCCGGAGUACAGUGCCAUCAUCGACUCCAACCUCGUGGACGACAUCUUCUUCAUGGUGCCGGAGAUCCACGCCAUCCACGAGAGAUUCCUGGAAGAGCUGAGACAACGGCAGGAAGCGCGCGAUGCCAGCCUGUGUGUGGGCGACCUCCUGCUGCAGAUGGUGAAUGACCCCAACGUGCUGGACAGCUACACGGCCUUCACCAACAACUGGAAGACUGCGCAGGAGGCCACCAAGGCAGCGUCCCAGGCCAAGCCAGCCUUCAAACACUUCUUGGUGGCCCGUGCCCGGGAGCAUCAGGGGAAGCUAGACUUGAAGGCUCUCCUGAUCAAACCUGUUCAGCGCUUCCCCCAGUAUGAGUUAUUGCUCAAGCGCAUGCUGAAGCACACCAGCAGGGAGCACCCAGACCAUGCCCUGCUGACGGAGACCAUCGGGGUGGUGCAGCAGGUGGCCAGCAGGAUCAAUGCCGUGGAGCAGGAGGCCCUCCAGCAUGAGCAGCAGCAACUGUUCCUCAAGGAGCUGGAGAACAGCAUCGAGGGCCUCGUGGGGUUGGUCCAGCCUGACAGGACCUUCAUCCGCCACGACCUGGUUACAAUGCAGUCCCGGCUGGUCACCCGCAAGGAGCGCUGCCUCUUCCUCUUCUCUGACCUCCUCGUCAUCACAGCCAUCAAGAGGCGGUCAGCCACCAUAAGGAAAGGAUCAAGUUUACCUCUUACACUAUUGAAUCCUGUUGAGUCCAACAAGUUCAAGCUCUCUAAAUUCAUUCCACUAGAUGACUUGGACAUAGCUAGGUCACGAGACGAGAGCAUGAAAAAGUUGGCUCGUGAGAUUGAGACGCUGAAUGACGACCUGAAGACGCUGAACCACAUUGCCAAGUUGUCCAAGUCCUUGAAGUGUCCACGCGGCUCCAUGGACGAGGUGAUCCAGGACAUGAUCGCCCAGGUACAGAAGCAGCUGUCGGAGAGGCAAGAGCCGGACUCCCAGCCACUAGAACUGGAGCUCACGGUCACCACACAGGAAGUAAUGGAGAAUCUGACAUUCAUGUUCAGUAGUGCUGAGAAAAGAGCCAUGUGGGAGGAAGCAUUCAAUGACGCUAAGCACAAAUUAGCAAUGUCAGCUGACCGCCGGCCUCCCCCUGAGUUUGUAUCAGCGCUGCCCAUUAGGAAAACCCGGGCAGGACUGCAGUUCACCUGCGCCACCGCCACGCUUGGCCUGAAUGCUCACAACCUGAAGGAUGUCUGGGUCUGUAACAGUGACGGGUAUGUGGGCCAGGUGUGUGUGCUCAGCCUCCAGCCGGACCCAACGGUGGCAUGCUGCAACGGAGUGUGCAAUGCUCGCAUCCUCUCCAUCGCCUCCAUCCCUGCCGCGCCCCAGCCCGGUGACUUCAGUGAUGACGAUGAGGACGAGGAGAUGCCCAUUGACGAGGACAUGAGGAAGCGGCGGAGCGAGUCACUGCCCCCCGAGAUGGGCUGCGACAACUCGGACAACCACCAACCCACCAUGUGGCUCGGCACGGAGGACGGCUUCAUCCACGUCUACAACUGCUCUGACACUAUUAGGAUUAAGAAAAACAAAUUCAAGUUUCAGCCCGGUUCUCCUGUCCACUGCAUCAUCCACUUGGACAACCGAGUGUUUGCCUCCCUGGCCAACGGGGACAUCAUCAUCUACCGGAGGGACAUGUCAGGGGAGUGGAACGUGGCGGAGAGGCAGGUGGUGAGCAUCAGCACCGCCGCCGCCCCGGUCACCAAGAUGAUGGCAGUGGCUGGCAAGCUGUGGUGCGCUACCCUGAACACUGUAAGGGUCCUCAACACUGCAACCCUGCAAGUGGAGCACUCCUUCUCAGUGGGUGGAGAGAACGGUCGUGGGGUGUCCUGCAUGGUGUCCGCCGGCCACGGUGUGUGGGUCUCAGUGCACAACUCAGCAGCAGUCCGGCUGUACAACACCUCAACCUAUGAUUGCCUGUGUGAGGUGAAUGUUGCCCCGGCAGUCACAAAAAUGCUUGCAAGCUGUGAUGACAUCAUUCGGCAGCAUAAAGCUGCCUGCCUGCGAGUCACUGCUCUCUUGGCAUGUCGGGACCUGCUGUGGGUGGGGACCAGUGCGGGCGUCAUCAUCACCGUGCCGCUGGCCCACAACACUCACCGCAUCCAGGCGCCGCUCAAUAUGGUCGGCAUCCCCUACGGUCACACAGGUCACGUCAGGUUUUUGACCAGUGUGGAGCUGACCCCUGAGCCUCGGCCUUCCCGCCUCAAGGGCCACUCCCGGUACUCCUUCAAGGGCAAGGACCACCCACACCAGACCGGUACGGCUGCGCCUCCAAAGCUACUGGUGAUAUCUGGUGGUGAUGGCUACGAGGACUUCCGCAGCUCAGGCAUGUCAGAGCUGGCCGGGCGCGACGACUCCACCAACCAUCUGCUGUUGUGGCAGGUGUGAAGGGGAUGCCGAUGCCUUGGGGUGGAGGAUCUCUUCUGGAAAUAUCAAAGAAUCCACUAGAAUGGCAUCUGGUGGGUCUAUUGGGCAACCUUUGAAACAUUUAUUGUAUUAAGGAUCAUUGAAACAUUGUUUUAUGAUCUUCCAUCAGAGGUUGCUCUUUGUAAUCCUUGCUGUUGAGAACCUACAGGUUGCUUCACCUGUCUAGGUAUCAAUGCUACAAUUUGUGUAUAAUAUUCUUAACAACUAAGGUCACAUCUACGAACAUUGCUGAAGUAUUAAGAAUUGUGGGAAGCUGAACACUGAGGAAUUCCUUCUCAGCUGUGAAAGAUAUCAGGAAAGUUGGUGUUCAGAGCAGAAAGAAGUUUAAAAGCUAUGAAAGCUCUUCAUAAAUUAUUUUGUAGUACAUGACACUCAUGUUUUCUAACUUGAUGAAUCAGAAUCCAAAGUGCCAAAUAGAUAGCAUCUCACAACAGGAUUCUCAGUAUUACCAUGUCAUCAGGAUUGGUCUCCUGAGCUAGUGAGACACAGUGCAUGUGAUUUGUGAAUUGUAAUAUUGUUUCGACGAUGUGCCAGAUAACUUGUAUGUGACCCAUAGAAAAGUGUACGGUACUAUCACAUGAUUGCCAAAACUACUCUCUCCCUUAAAAGUAUAACUAUAAAACAUAUAUACAAGGCAUAUCAGCUUAUUGUUGUAGAAAUAUUGCAGUAUUGUGUUCACAUGACAACCUCAGUUUUUUACGAAUGUGGAAAUCGUUCAUCAUUAUCUCUUUAGAGUACUUAAAAGUAGCAAGGAUAUAAAACCAAGUCCUCCAGCCUGCAUUAGCUCUACCUGUGCCUGCCUUAGUGCAUACCAAUGUGAUAUAAAGCACACCAACCUACUGAUACUUACCCUCACACUGUGACAACGAAGAGUUUUGCCUCUGCUCGAGACUCUCAGACCUGGACUGUGUGGCUGCUGAGCCUCACUUUGCACUGAAGGUUCCUGGUGCACAUGGGUGGUCUGGCUUACAGAAAAAAAAAAAAAAAGUAUUUAAAAUUUUCAUGCAAAUAUUUUUCAUAAAUUUGCAAAACUGUUAAUGUAACCUUCAAGUGGGUUUUGCUUUCUGCCAAUAAAAAAAUGGCAAAAGUUUUAUGAAUGUAACACUGAACAGACAGCUCAGUACCAUUUCAUUAUGUCAUAAGCUAUGGCACUGUUUCUCAUGCUCAAUGCAUAGCUGCUUCUAAAGUACUAGAAUAUUUGUCAGUCAAAUAUCAUGCCUGUUUCAGUGCUGGAGACAUACAUUUAAGAAUUUUGGUGAUUGGAAAAGAGUUUGUAUUGAACUUUCCUGACAUAGGAAAUGUGUAUAUAUUAGGUGGAAAUAAAAGAUACAUGUAUAGAUAACAGUGAGAUUAAAAUGAUGCUUAUGCCAUCCAGGAUCUGUGUUAAUAGCUCAACAAAACCCUUAGGCCAGGCACCAGGAAUGUCAGUACAGUAAUUUACAUAAUCAUGUAGACUUGCCCUGCCAUUGAUGGUUUUGUGUAACAUUAACCAUAAAUGGUCAUCCUUGCAAGCCCAUAGGCACUUUACUAUUUCCCAGAGAUGAAUGCUUACAGCUUUAGUCUCUUAACAUACCUACAUACAUAUAAAAAUAUAUAUAUUUAUUUAUUGGAAUUGAUUGAAAUAAAAGUGAUAUUUAUUGUCUCAUCUUCUUAGAAGAUAUCAAUUACCUAUUUUUUUAAAGAAAGGUAGAUGUUUUGUAUUCUAAAACAUAACAGUUUCCUAAAGUAUAAAAUCAUUCAAAAAGCAUAUAAAAGUUUCAGUUUGGUACGUAGUGACGUGAGUGACACCUUGAGGCGCCUGCCAAGAUGAUGCUUUUAUAGCUUGUCUCAUCAAUUUCAUGUGUAACAUUCAUUACAUUUGUGCAUUAAUUAAUUUGCUCAAGAUGUACUUUAAUGUAAUUUUGUGUUUUUACUUAUAUUUUCAAGAUUGAAAAUCUUCAGCUUGUUGGAACAAAAAUCUCCUCUUUCUUUCAAAUGGAAAAAUUUCAAUAUUAUCCACUUUGUUGGACCUUACUGCAUUUACAUGUUAAAUACUAUAUAUAUUUUCUCUUUGUAUAAUCUGCCUAUGCCGUCAUGAUGGAAGCUGAAGCUGUAUAUUUUUUUGAGAGAGCAUGUCACUGAUAUGUUAAAGAUUGAUGUGCAGGUUUUUGUUGAUGCUACAAUUUGUUACGAUGAAGUUAUGUAAAAUUUUAUUUUCUUACUAAUUAAUUAUUGAGCAUACAAUUAAUGUGUCUCGUUACUUGUGGCGUUGAAGUCAGUGGUUGUGACACUCGUCCCCAGAAUGUUCCUGACUCACACCCAGACACUGCACACCACACUGACGGGCAGCCGGCGGUGACCUCACUCCCUGGCAGGUCACACACACACACACACACACACACACACACACACACACACACACACACACACAAACCUCCUACUCUGGUAUUCUUUUCUUUAGGUUUUAUCUCUCAUAGAGAUCAUUCAUAUUUUCAGUAAAUGCUUCAUCAGGGAGGUAAUGCUGUGCUUCCUUGAUGUUGCAUUGAGCUAGUGCAAAAUAUUUUUAGUUUUUCCUAAUGUAACUGUGUGAGCCAGAGGUCACUACUGGCUUAUGGUGAUUCCCUGCAUUCUGGGCAUUUCAGUCAGCACUGAGCGACCCACAGCAGACUGAAGUACUUAUGUAUUGCAUUUAUUGUCAGCCAGUGGAGGUUGUCUGUCACCUCAGUGUUCAUAAGGGAUGAAUCAUUUUGUAGCUGAUGUGUAUUCCUGUGAGACCACUCCAGCAUUGGGUGAGGCCAUGCACCACCCACGGGUGUCUCACUCCAGUAAUUCAUCUUGGACAGUGAAUAUUUUUGUUAAGUUAACCCCCACCCACAAAGAAUCACGCCAAUGAAAGGAUGAACGUGAAACUGUGCCACUGUGACCUGAGUAAACUUUUGACAGUUACGUCCUGUGAUGGUAGAGCGGGUGUGUGGCCUUCGCCGCGGCCUGGCCCACAGCCCCGGACGCUGGCUGCUGGGUGUCUUGUUUUGAACCAGACUCUUGCGAGGUGUUGCAGACCCACCUGGAAGGGUGGUGCCAAGGGACCACUGCACCUGGCACCACCCUCCCCCCUCUUGGGUAACCCCCCUCCCCCUGGCCGGGGUGUCCCUCCACCUCGCCCUCAACAACAUUUUAUCUGCUGCUAUAUUUAUGAGUUGACCAACUACCAAGAUAUUAAUAAAUUUUAGUAAUAAAGA